CUCUCCCUUAAUAUAUGCGUAAUGCGUGUGUAUAUAGAAAGAGGGAGAGAGAAGCAAGAGCAGUUUGAAGGUCCUUUUUGGAUGAGAAGCAACACAAAAGCUGUGAUAUAUAACACAUACAUAGUAUAUAACAAAAGAGAGAGAAAGAGCACCAUUUCUUUCUUUCUUGUGACCCAUUUCGACUUGCCUACUAGAGAGAGAGAGAGAGAGAUGAAGGGGGGAACAAUGAAGGGACACAGUAGCAGUAGUAGUGGGAACAGAGGGAGGCAAUACAUGUUGAUACUGCUUUUGGCAUUUGGGGCUGCAAUAUUUGGAGUGAUGCUUCUUCACAAGCUUCGUGAGAGGCGUAUUUUCAGCCUCCUCCUCAAACAGCAAGACCGUGACCUCUACUCUCUUCACCUCCUCUUGCAGAAGGAAAGAGACUAUAACAUUGAAGCAAAAAAGAAAACUGAAGAGAUGAAAGCACAGAUAUACUCGCUCGACAGUAGGAUACUUGAGAUGCAGUCUACAAUUUCUUCCCUAAAAGACGAACAAAGAAACAUGGAGUCAUCACUCGAAGAGAAGCAGAACGAGAUCAAGUUGCUGCAAGAAAAAGAGAUAGAAACAGGCAAAGAAGAUCCUCAAGUAAUAGCUCUAACAGAAACGUUGAAGCAGAAGGAAGCUGAAAUUGAGGGUUUAAAGCACCGUCUUGAAUAUCCUAUCAAAGUCUGGUCAGUCAGUACAGAUGACCCAUCGAAUCCUGCUGUAAAUUUAACAGAAACAGCAAGUAUGACGUGGAGGGGCAAAAAUGAAGAAGGUGGGAUGAAAGAAGUAAGUGGGGGUUUCCAUGAAUCAACCAGAUAUAGAGCUUUUGAAAAUUCCAAUAGAGGUGUUGAUGAAAGCCUAAAUGAAUACACCGUUUAUAGAGAUGGUGAUGGUUCAACAAGACACGAAGAUAGAAGAGAAGAUAGUGUGGGAUUCGCUGAUACAGGGGAGACAACUGGUGAACAUUCACAGAAGUUGGAGAAUUCUGAAAAGAGUGCCAAUGAGGAUUCUCGAGAUGGUCUUGGCAUUAAAGAAGAAACAAAAAAUGCUAAUGUAACCGAGGCAAUUGUUAGCCAUGGUGAUGUGUUGAAAACUAAAAGUGAAGAUGGUGAUACUGAAGUGAUGGAUGGUAAAGAACAUGGACUAGCUCAGAUUGAGGAGAGGGAAAACCUUGAUUCACAAGGUGGUGAAAAUCAGCAACUCGGGAUGAAUUCUAGAGGUGGAAUAAAGAUGGAAAUGCCAGAUGACUUGCAGGCUGGUGCAGGUUAUAGAGCGAGGGGAAAACAUGGUUAUGCGAGUAAGCCGAAGGAGAAGAGAUGGAGAAUACUUGCUAGAAAAAGGAGGAAUGAGAUAGAGAGAGGAAGAUGUAAGCAAGCGAAGUAG